AUGAGCCUUCGCGUCGAGAGCAUAAUCAAUGUACUCACUCAUGACGAGUUGGGUGUCGUUUGCGAGGGCUUUCACCAUGUGAACCCGUGGGGGAUAACCCCACGGUCAUAUGCGUGCCACAGGAAACAUGCGGUCUGGCAGGUUGCAGAAGCGUUGCACAGCGCGUGUGCAGAUCUACAGGACGCCUUCCAGCUGCUUUCUGCGGCACAUGUGCUUGGAAACCUGUUCGUCAACAAGUCGUUUCACAAGGCAUGCUCCUCUCGCACACUGGCGGCGGGGUGGGUGUUGAUCCCAUAUGAUCCACCAGUAGAAGCCGAACAAGAGCAGGAAUCUCAGCCUGUGGUAAUUCAGGCUUGUGAUCAUGCAGAGCCUCCAGCGAUUAUUCAUCCGAUUGAAGCCUCCCAGCUGGCCAAUGAGAUGCAGGCUGGCCUGAUCGAGCGGUUGGUUGCAAGGGAGCCGGUGUCGGACCACCAUGACCAGAUCAUCAUUGGCCAAGCCUGCUGUCUGCAGACAG